GACGCAGCACAAUAGCAACAGGCAGUUCACUUCCUUGUUCCUAACCCGCCGCCGCGCCGUUGACUUGAACGGCGCUGCUGCUUCCCUCCACCAAGAAGCUCAGCUCCCGACCGCGGCGAUCGGCCGCGCGCGCCGCGACGUCUCGAAGCUCGGGUCUUCCGUUCGCCCAUCGCAGGCUCCUCGUGCCGGCCGAUCUACCACCGCUACCGAGGAAAGCGCGAGGCCGUCCGGCGCCGGCCGGAAUCCACCACGAUCCUAUGAUCUAUACCUUGGCACCAGCGAUGGCGUCGUCGGCUUCCGCCGGGCAGGGGCAAGGCAGGCGCGUCGAGCCCGUCCGCGCCGCCACCGGCAUGGGCGCUCUGCCCCUGGACGCCCUGUACGACAUCCUGCUUCGCCUCCCGGCCAAGGAACUCUGCCGCCUCCGCUCGGUGUGCCGGCCGUGGCGCUCCCUGCUCUCCGACCCCGCGUUCGCCGCCGCCCACGCAGCACGCUACCCCGAGCCACUCAUCAUCGUCGGCUACAACUACAACGACAGUGCUCCCCCUCCAGAGAGCGACGAGCGUGACUGGACGAAACCAAGGAGGUACCAAUGCGUCAUCAGCGUGAUGGAUCUGACGGGACACGUGGUGAAGAACCUGCGCGUGGACGGCCACAUCGCGAGCAUGUCGCUCAGCCUCGCCUGCGUGAAGAGGACCGGAGACGGCAGCUGCCGGCUGGUGAACCCGGCCACGGGAGCCGUGCACCACGUGCCCGAAGAGGACCCGCCGUACGGCUACAGCGACAGGCUGUGCCCGUUUGGGCAGGUUGCCAGCACAAGGGAGUUCAAGGUGCUCCGGAAGGUUUCCUACUCGCUCAACGGCAACCCUCGUGUCCUCUACGAGAUCUGCACCGUUGCCGGCACCGGCAGGAGCAAUGCGCAGUGGAGGAUGAUUCAGGACCAUCCGCACCGCAUCGACAUCGAUUGGCGCGACAAGGCCAGCGUGGUCAUCGACGGGGUUGUCUACUUCCUCAGCAAGAACUACGCGUCUUCUUCUUCUUCUGCUGGAUCUGAGGAGCAAGACUGGAUAGCGUCGUUCGACCUUGACGCAGAGAGGUGGAGGCCGAAUAUCAGGGGACCCCAAAGCCUUACCGUCGUCAACAAUGGAAACGACAACGGGCUGGCUGUUGACGAGGAGCUUUCGUUAACCAACCUGAAUGGCUCACUGGUUAUCGUCCAUCUCCAAUCUCCUCCCUGCAUGAACCUCUGGUAUCUGCUGGACUCAGAGAAGGGCCUCUGGGUCAGGCAGUACAGCAUUCAGGUUGAAGAAUGGGACUGCAGCCUCUCGUGCUUCACUCCAUUGAUCGUGCUAGACGAUGGGAGGAUCGUCAUACAUGUCGAAGGGUCGGAGAUGUUGGAGAUCUAUGACCCCAAAACCAACAAGUUGUCCAGCGUCGCCGACACGGGUGUCAGCAGCGCAGUUAGUGUGUACACAGGAACCUUGCUCAGCUUAGAGUGGUGAGGCUAUCUAUCU